AUGAACAAGGAAAUCGUCACGCCGCGGCCAGCUGAUCGGGUUAACUUCCCCAUUGAGGUGCAGUUUCAUGCAGCUUGUAAAAAUUCGGAAUUGGAUGAAGUCAAAGAACUUCUUUCUAAGGGGGUGGAUAUUGACGUUGCCAAUGUUGAUGGCUUAACUGUUCUUCACCAGGCCUGUAUCGAUAAUAAUUACGAAGUUGUACAGUUUCUUCUAUCUAAUAAUGCAAAUGUUAAUGCUCAAGAUAAUGAAGGAUGGACUCCCCUCCAUGCCUGCGCUUCCUGUUCCUACACUGAGCUUGCAAAGCUGUUACUUGAACAUGGAGCAGACGCUGGCAUCGUGAGUUUUGAGCAGGAACUGCCGUUGGACGUAGCACAGGGUGGAGAUAUGGUAGCCCUGCUGAAGGACUGGAUGCAGCGCCAAUCAAUCGACGAGAAGGCUGCGCGCGGCGCCGAGGAGCAGCAGAUGCUAAACGAUGCUCGGGAGUGGCUUAGAUCUGGCCAGUAUCCAAGUGUGGUUGAUCCAAGAACCGGGGCUACAGCAUUACACAUCGCGGCGGCAAAGGGCUAUUCGGAGGUUCUGGAGCUCCUUUUAAAGCUACCUAAUGUGGAGAUUGACGCCACGGACGUUGAUGGGUGGACGCCAUUGCACGCCGCCGCGCACUGGGCAAAGGAGAAGCCGCUACGGCUUCUUGCUGCCGCUGGUGCUUCUUUUGAUACCAUCACGCUCACUAAUCAAUCAAUUUACGACGUAGCCGACCGCAGUGUGACCAUGCUACUGCGACAGCUGCGUAUCGAACAGCAGCGUACGGCAGCGGCAGCAGCGGAGGAGAAACCGGUGGUUGCUCCGCCCACCGUUGCAACUCGACGAAAAGCUGAGGAUGACGAGAAAGAGAUCUCAAAAUCAAGGAAAAUGAUGGAGGUGGAAGAAGAAAGGAUUAAAGUUGAGGACGAUGUCAAACCAGCUGCUUCGAAAGUUCCAAAAACCACUCAAGAUAACGAAGAAAAGGAGGCAGAAGAGGAGGAGGAAGAACAGGAGGCGACACUGCCGAAAGUGCAGAAAGACGAGAUUGCAAUGAAGAUUGAAAAGGAAGAAGAAAAGAAAGCGAGGGAACGUCUGUUGGAGAAAGAGGAGGUGAAGGAGGCGGAGAAACCAUCUUCUUCUUCGCCAUCACAACCAACAGUUGCGCCACCUAUUAAAGAAGAAGAGGAGUCAAAGGUUGAGGAGCAGCCGACAACCCCAAUGAAGGAGGUGGAAAAAGUCGGUGAAAAGUCGGCAGUACCAUCGCCACCGCCACCGCCACCGCAACCACAAACUGCGAAUGUUGCGGGUGUCUCCUCUGUGAAGACUCCACACUCGACCAAUCAGAACAGCCAGGUGUCGGAGACCGUGGUGACCUUGGACACAACCAGUAUAUCCACCGGUAGCGGCCCUAGUCGAAGGAUCUCGGCGGUGCUGGCGCCCGCUCGCUCGGAAGAGACGGAGGCUCAGCGGAGCAGCAAGGCACGUCUAGUGCGCUCUACUCGUCGCUCUACGCAGGGCAUCGCCAAUGAUGUUCUUGAAGAGGCCAAACGUCUCAGUGUUGCCGGUGCUUCCACCCCAACCUCCUCUACCACUACUCCUGCCGUAGCCGCCAUUGUCUCACCCACACCAGUUCAGCCAAUUGACAAAGCCAUAGCCAGCUCAUUCACUUCAUCAUUCAUCUCGCCGGUAAGUGCUGUAGCAUCUCCCCUCUUUCUCCACAUGCAUGAUCGUCUUUGCCUAGUUCGCGGAAUACCAUCGAAGGUGGCGCGAGCACCAGAGAUGAAGCAGGCGAACUGUUUCCAUGUGUGUGUGAGGCUGCGCAUCAGCUUCCGUGUUGAAUUUUCCUUCUCUUCCUAUGACUUUUCACUCGUAGAAUUCAUCAACACAACUACAACUACCGCCACAACCACCAAGAUCACCACCGCCAUCCUUUGCCUCAAAGGUCACACUGGGUCACCUUGCUCGACCGGUGAGAUGUUUCUUAUUCUUACCCCUCUCUACCUUUCCCACUUUUUUGCCGAAAAGAUAACUCCUCAACCUGACUCUCAGUCGUUGAUAAGUCGUCUGCAUCGUAACGCCUUUAUCGGCAGAGUAAACCGCGCUGAGUCUUUUGAGGUGUCUAUCUCCUGCGAAGACACUGAGAGCCGCGUGAGCCCACCGCGUGGGCCCCGAUUAUCAAUUUCUCUUCGAAGUGUUCGAUGCCUGUCCGCACGGAAGCUGCCCGCCGGCUUGGACCUUGACGAGACGGAACAGAAACCGACGUCAUUCACUUCUACCACACACGUCUCCAAGGCGACGAUUACUCCCACUCAGUCUUCUUCUGCGACCACAACUGCUCCGGCUGCGGACACUUCGCCCUCAUCAAUAAUCACGCAUACACGAGCACGUCGUGCGGCCCGGGAUAGAGUCCCCACGGGUCGAUUGAAUACGAAUGACGUGCUGGCGGCAGCGAAACAAGUGGAGCAGAAUGCCUCCAUUGAUAAUACUGCCGCUGCUACUACUACUACUACAGUCGCCGAUCCCAUUCCACGCCCAACAACGCGUGCCCUUCGCUCGACAAUUUUAAAUACCACCCCAUCGACCACCACCAACGACGCUGUGAGCAAUGGUGCGGGUGGAGACCGGCAUAACUCGCCAGCUACAUCUCAGUUCUCCCCAACUUCCUCCUCCGCCUCCCCCGUCUCCUCUGUUGGCAAGCUAAGUGAUCAGCGGUACAACUGGCGCGAGAACCUGGACUACCGCCUCCUGUACGAAGAGGAGCGGAGCGAGAAGGAGCGAUUAAAGCGCACUCUUGAUCAGGUCAAUCGCGAGGUGGCCGCGCUACGUAGCGAACUAGCUCGUCUUCACGUCUCCAACUCCGCCUCCACCACCCUUAAUGCGAACAGGCACGGUAGUUCGGCGUCCAACACCGACGCAUCCCCUGCUGCGCUUCAACGACGUUCCGUGGAUUUCUUUGAAGACCAAGCCAAGGAAAUAGAUCGGCUGCGUCAGGAGAAUGCGCGCAUGGCAGACGAAAACAAGUCGUUAAUUCGAGUGAUCAGUAAGUUAUCGGCGCGCACAACUUCGUGA